UGUCGGACUCUGGAGGCUUAAGGGUAGUCGAGAGCAGAUUCCAUUCGGAAAGGUCAGUAGAGGAGAGUUGGACGUAGUGUUGUACAUGGGCCAGCAUUCAAGACUCGAGUGUGGAGAUGUGCGCGAGGGGAAGCUGGUGAAUUUACGAAGCAGACUAUGGAGAGUGAAGCAGCAGGGAGAGGGUGACAACUGACUGUAGUAGUGCUGAUAGGAAGGAGUUCGAAGGAAGUCAGACAUCGGAGAAGAUGAUGGCGGAAGAGGAGGAGAAGUCUCUUGAGGAUACGCCCACAUGGGCCGUCGCAGCGGUGUGCGCGGUGUUCGUGGUGGUGUCCCUGAUGGUCGAACGAGGCCUCAAAUAUCUGGGCAGACACCUGAAGAAUACGAAGAAGAAGGAGUUGUCGCACACCCUGGGGCAAAUUAAGGAUGAGCUGAUGCUGCUGGGUUUUAUAUCCCUCUCUCUCACCGUCUUUCAGAAGAAGAUAGCCUCGAUGUGCAUGCCCGAGCGGUUCAACCAUUUUAUGCUUCCUUGCAGUUUUAAACCAGCUUCUGAGGGUCGUAUUUCAGAAGCACUAGGGCACAGGGUGCUCUGGGAUGCAGGACCAAGUGUGACCUGUCCACCUGGUAAAGUGCAAGUGAUAUCGAUAGAAGGUCUCCACCAACUCCAUAUUUUCAUUUUCGUGAUGGCGAUUGUGCACGUGGUAUACAGCGCAGUUACGGUGCUCCUGGGAUUAUGGCAGGUGCAUUCGUGGAAGAAUUGGGAGGCGAAUAGCGUAAAUGAAUAUGAAAACAGUAUGAAGAAAGCGUUAGACUCAAAAAAUUAUGAUGGUGCAAAUACCAAAGACCGGAUGCUCUUGACGUCAGAUACCAGCCUACAUUUCUCCCACUACUUUUACAGCUUCUUCAAGCAGUUUGGAAAGCCUAUUUCGGAACAGGAUUACUUGUGUCUACGUUACGGUUUCAUUACACAUCACAACCUUAACCCGAACUUUGACUUUCAUAGCUACAUCAAGCGGAGUAUGGAAAGAGACUUUGAGCAUGUGGUUGGAAUCAGUUACUACUUGUGGGUGUUCGUGUGCAUCUACCUGCUUGUUGAUAUAGAUGGAUGGUACAGCUACUUCUGGUUGGCGUUUGUUCCUCUAGUUAUGGUAUUAUUUGUUGGAACGAAGCUCCAGCUUAUAGUUACCUCCUUGGUCUUGAGAGCCCGAACUGAGGCAAGCGACAAGGAUGACCUGUGCGGGAGCGCAGAAGAUGAGGACAGAGGAGUCAAGACGUGCCCAGGGAUAAGCCCUCGCGAUGAUCUUUUCUGGUUUAAAUCUCCACGCCUGCUACUUUUCCUUGUUCACUUCAUCCUUUUCCAGAACGCAUUCGAACUGGCCUUCUUCUUCUGGACAAUGGUCACUUAUGGGUACUCAUCUUGCUUAGUGGGUAAAACAUGGAUGGUUGUUGUGCGCAUUCUUGUUGGGUUUUUUCUACAGGUUCUGUGCAGCAUCAGCACCUUGCCCCUCUAUGCCCUCGUCACCCAGCUUGGCUCCAACAUGAAGCUCACAGUGUUUAGAUCUGAGUCUACUGGUGCGGCCCUUAGCCAGUGGGCAAAGUCUGCAAGGAUGAAGCACAGCCACAGCCAGGACCACAGCCACGAGCGUGUCGCACCUCAUGAACAUCACCAUAUCGGCAUCCUGGGUCUCACCAAGGAUUACAACGAUCAUGGCAAUCUGGUGAACAUUACUCCAGGGACGAGAUUACAUCAUGGUCGUGGGCAUGCUGAUCACCACGAGGGGCACAAACACAGCAAGGAAGCUGCUCGCCACCACCACCCCCACCACCACGCACAUCUACACAAGCAAGAUGGAUCGCACACAGUUGAAAUAUCAGAGCACUCUGUUGUCAGCCAACCCACCAAAAUAGAACCCUUCACAGACGGGGCAGAGCAUUAAGAAAGUAAACCAUAGCGUUCCAAAGAGAGUAUUGAUCUUCUACGCUGGAUUAAAUCUGACGUUCAGGGCACGGAUUCUACAGAACGACUGAGGAAAGCUUAACUUUGAAACCUGAGUACGUAAAUAUUUUGCAGGCCUGCUCUGAAGUGGAGCAGAAGUGUUCUAAGAAUUUUUCUCUUCACUUGGAAGAUGAAUCAGUGUGCAGUCUUAGUAAUGAUCUUUGUAACAGAUAUACGUGAAUGACCAACAAAUGGAAUGUUCAACAGCUGUUACAGUUAACUAAAAAUUGUUCAUGGCCCAGAAUCUCUGUUAUUGCUACACUCUGAUACUUGCGUCAUGGGAUGGAAUUAGAAUCAUAUAACCCGUUUUAUUGCUUGAAAUCAGGACAUGCCAGUAGCUUUCUGAACCUGUUGUAACAUAGUUUCCUACUGGUGUGCAACCUGUGAAAAAACCACACCCUCCCUACUCUUAUGCUACGAACAGAGUAAUAUGAAGAUAUCCUAAAAGCACCUGAAUGCUGGGUGUCAUCCGAUGACUGACAUUGCUGUGCGUCAUAAGUAUCUCGUGACAAUGCGGUGCGUCAUCUAGAUCACCCUCGAAUUUAUCUAAUCUUCGCCUUGGAUGGUGCCUGCCUCUGCACUAACGGUUGAGGGUAGUGCACUAGUUAACCUGAAGGGCUCAUCUUCCAGAGGACAUCUUAUACCUUCGAAUGCAAUGAAGAAACCUGGAGUCGGUAUUGCUCAGGGAAUCGGUGUGCAACCUGUGAAAUCGGACCUAGAAAGAGGAUGGAACCUCGUGGUCAACAAGGCGAGUAAUCGAUGAAUGGUGUAGCAGACGCAUCAAAAGAUGAAGAGGAAGUUAAUCCAGCUUUGACGGCCUCGGCACGUCUCAGUGCAGCUGGAGCUUUACUUCCAGAAUGCUUGAGAGAAAGGUUGAGGCAGUGCUCGCCUGUGUUGCAAGUGAGGUUGCAGCCGACUCAACAUCGUCUUUAAUCUUUCACUUGAGGACAGUACAAAUUUUUUAAAAUCUGAAUAUUAAGUCGAAUUCAAUCCAGCUCCAAGUGGCUCCCUUCCAGACCCUGCUGGCUUCAUUGUUAGAACCUCGUAGCUACCAUCUCCUCACUUGGCAAUCGGACUUAAUAUGUUUCAAAUUGGUAAAGCUUUCACUUUUACUGUUUCAGGGUUUUGUUAUUAGUUUUCGAUGAUUACUGGAGUUGGAAGAGCUUACAUUGACUUAGAAAGAGGAUGUUUCAAGAGUUUUGUUUGUUACACAUUCCAAGUGAGGCUGUUCCGUAUGCAAUUUUCUCUGUUGGAUGGUUGGAUUUCGGAACUGAAGUAGCAACAGUCUGUCCGUCCUCUCACAACAUUAAAGUCCCUAACUAACUCUCGAAGCUUUUCACCUGUUUAUUCUUUCACUGGGAUGAAUGCAGAGCCUGCUAUGUAUGGUACCCUCGUCUCGUGUUCGCAGAAAGAGUCUGUACACAGAAAAUAAAUCAGAGAGGGGAAUGAAGAAAGCAGGUUCUGCUGUAUAAGAGUUAUGUUGGCUGGAUAAUUCCUCUGCGAUACGAAUCGAAGCGUCCUUUGUAACACCGAGCGUCACCGAGUUGGCAGAACCUUUUUUACAAGGACAGGAAUCGCAAGAUCCACAUUCAGCUGUUACAAUAAUAUGACUUGGUCACCGUUAGCAGAGCCAUAGUGACUUCUAAGUGAGUGAAGACAUUAGGGGCAUGUAGCACCAGCCAAAGUAAUCAAGAGUCAAGUUCAGUUUUACAGAGUGAGACUGGCGGAAAAUGAUGUGAUGACCAAAACAGUUUGAAGUGAGAAAGUGCAGUUUAACAGUUUCCGGAAGUAGUCGAUGGGCUUUUGAUCAGACUCCUACUGUGGAGAUCCUAUUUCAGUCAUUGUUGGCGGUGGAUCUCAACCUCGAAUCAGAUUGAGCAAUUUUAUCGCAGGGUUUUGGUUAGCUAGCGAUAUCAAGUUGCGGUCAAUUCAAAUAACCAAUUGUCUGUGAGAAUCAAAGGAUCAAGUUCAAUCCAUGAGUGGAAGUCUGCAAUUUUGAUUUUA